AUGUCCAGUCAUUGUGAGGCUCGACCCGAGCCUAUCGCCAUCGUGGGAAGUGCUUGCCGCUUCCCUGGUGAUGCGAUAUCUCCCGCGAAGCUCUGGGAACUACUCAAGGAACCUCGAGAUGUCCUCGCCGAGAUUCCCGAUAGCCGCUUUAACUCGAAAGCCUUCUACCAUCCUGAUGGUACCCAUCAUGGUACAACCAAUGUGCGCCAUUCCUAUGUCUUGUCCGAUGAUCAUCGGUUGUUCGACGCGCAGUUCUUUGGAACUAAGCCGAUUGAGGCCAACUCCAUCGAUCCUCAGCAACGGCUGCUACUAGAGACAGUAUACGAAUGCCUGGAAUCAGCGGGUAUCCCCAUGGAAAAGCUGCAAGGGUCCAAUACCGGCGUGUAUGUUGGACUCAUGACCAACGACUAUGCGGAUCUACUGGGGAGGGAUGCCCAGAACCUCCCAACAUACUUCGCGUCAGGGACGGCAAGAAGCAUCCUCUCCAAUCGUGUUUCUUAUUUCUUCGAUUGGCAUGGACCUUCCAUGACCAUCGACACAGCCUGUUCAUCCAGCCUUGUCGCCCUUCACCAGGCCGUGCUGAGUUUACGAAAUGGUGAAAGCAACGUGGCUGUGGCAGCAGGAACGAACCUUCUACUUGGACCGGAGCAGUAUAUUGCUGAGAGCAAGCUCAAGAUGCUUUCGCCGACCGGUCGCUCGCGGAUGUGGGACAAAGAUGCAGACGGAUACGCUCGAGGUGACGGCAUAGCUGCGAUUUUCCUGAAAACUUUGAGUGCCGCGCUGGCCGACGGUGAUCAGAUCGAGUGUAUUGUUCGCGAGACUGGUAUUAAUCAGGAUGGACGUACGAAAGGCAUUACCAUGCCCAAUCCUGUCGCACAGGCAGCCCUCAUUCAUGAAACCUAUGCCAGAGCUGGACUUGACUUGUCCAAACCCAGCGACAGACCCCAGUAUUUCGAGGCACAUGGCACAGGAACACCCGCUGGAGACCCAGUCGAAGCCCAAGCCAUCAGUACGGCAUUCUACGGCCCCAAAGCCAACUACCGUCGCACAGAUGCUGAUGAGGAACCGCUGUAUGUCGGAUCAAUCAAAACAGUUAUUGGACAUACCGAGGGUACGGCUGGACUAGCCGCAGUAUUGAAGGCUUCUUUGGCGCUACAGCAUGGCGUCAUUCCCCCAAAUCUUCUCUUGAAUGAACUCAAUCCAUCUGUACGACCGUUCUAUGAUGACCUCGAAAUUCUGAAUAGGGCGAGGGAAUGGCCGAACCUCCCAGCGGAGACUGCGCGUCGGGCCAGUGUCAAUAGCUUUGGUUUUGGUGGCGCCAAUGCGCACGCCAUCUUGGAAUCUUUCGAGCAGGGCGAUGUACAACUUGACCCUGCGGAUUUGUCUACUGCCAUUCUUACACCUUUCAACUUCUCUGCGAACUCUGAAAGAUCCCUCCUUGCAAGCCUCGAAGAGUAUUCUUCCUGUUUGAAAGCCCAUCCCCAUAUAGACCUUCGCAGUUUAUCAUGGACCCUGAACUGUCGCCGGUCUACACUACCCUUCAGACUUUCACUAGUUGGCUCCACCGCAAUCGAUCUUGCCGCCAACCUUGAAAAUGCCAUACUAUCGCCGUCGGAUAUUCUGCCACCUAGCCAAACGUCUAGUAUCAGGCAGCCGAAGGUGCUCGGUAUAUUUACAGGACAGGGUGCGCAAUGGGCUCAGAUGGGAGCGGAGCUGCUACUAAGCUCUCCUCUGGCCGCCAAUUGCAUUGCAGAGCUUGAUUUUGCUCUCCAGACGCUCCCUGAAGAAGACCGUCCUUCCUGGUCCCUGAAAGACGAAAUUCUGAAAGACACACAUUGCUCUCGCAUCGGAGAAGCUCUGUUUUCGCAGCCUCUCAGUACAGCUGUCCAGGUCAUGCUCGUUCAAUUGUUGCGCACCGCUGGCGUUGAAUUUAUCGCUGUUGUUGGCCACUCAUCCGGGGAGAUCGCUGCAGCGUAUGCGGCUGGUUACAUUUCCGCACGGGAUGCUAUUAGGACCGCCUACUACCGCGGAUGGUCUUUGCAGAAUGCCCGAGACUGUAACGGGGUCAAAGGUGCUAUGAUGGCCGUGGGUACCUCUCUCGAAGAUGCAAAGGAACUCUGUGAUAUGCCGUCACUAGAAGGUCGAAUUUGUGUCGCGGCGAGCAAUUCAUCAGCCAGUGUCACACUUUCUGGCGAUGCCAAUGCUAUCGAUGAAGCAAAGGACAUUUUCGAGGACGAGAAGAAGUUUGCCCGACUUCUCAAGGUUGAUAAAGCGUAUCACUCUCAUCAUAUGCUCCCCUGUGCUGCUCCCUACAUUGAUGCAAUGCAGAGAUGUGCAAUUACCAUCCAACCUCGUUCUGACAACAAAACUGCCUGGAUUUCUAGUGUCUACAGCAAGGACAUCAAUGAUGUCAAUGACAGUCUUGCAGAUACUUAUUGGAGCAACAAUAUGAUCAAUCCUGUCAUGUUCUCGCAAGCCAUCAGCCACGCUGUCGCUGCCUUCGGUCCCUUUGACAUGGCCGUCGAGGUUGGUCCUCACCCUGCGUUGAAGGGACCGGCAUUGCAAACGAUCCAAGAAAUCUCCGGAAUGUCUCUACCAUAUACAGGUACUUUGUCUCGCUGUAAAAGUGACAAAAAGUCAUUUGCAUCUUCCCUUGGCGCGUUGUGGGCUCACCUUGGGGAGCAUGCUGUUGAUUUUGCAGGAUUUGACAGAAGGGCAACAGGGGAUGACCGACAGCCGAUGUUACUAAAAGGACUACCUUCCUACUCGUGGGAUCAUGACCGUGUUUAUUGGCAUGAGUCCCGCAUAUCGUCGACGCUGCGAGUUGGAAGUGGAGAAUUCCAUCCUCUGCUAGGAAUGAAAUGUCCAGAUGGCACUGAGAAGGAGCUCCGGUGGCGCAAUUAUCUCCAUCCGCGCGAGAUUCCCUGGCUCUCUCAUCACCAGGUACAAGGUCAGAUUGUCUUCCCUGCUGCAGGGUAUAUCUCAGCCGCGACCGAAUGCUUGGUUCAACAUUAUGGGCUGGAGUCCAUUCAACUCGUCGAUUUUCAGGAUGUCUUCAUCGGACAGGCUCUGGUGCUUGAGGAGAAUUCCGGUGUUGAGGUUCUGUUUACUCUCACUGUUACGGAUACAAGCAAGGAUUCCGUCAGAGCUUUGUAUAGCUGCUAUUCUGCUGGGAGCAAGGGAGUCUCAUCUAUGUCAUUGCAUGCCUCCGCGCAGGUUGAUAUCCUCCUUGGAGACCCUGAUCCUGAAGCCCUUCCCUCGUGCAAUGAGAGCCAACACUCCUUCUUGCAUCUUGAGGAGGAGCGAUUCUAUAACUUUGUAUCCGAGCUUGGAUUUGGUUACACUGGCCCAUUCCGCGCUCUAACUGGAUUGACACGGAAGAUGGAUGAAGCCACUGGACAGAUCAUUGUACCCGUCGAUGAAGAGUCUAAUGAGCCCUUGAUAAUUCACCCGGGCCCCUUGGAUGCUGCUAUUCAGUCAAUCAUGCUGGCCUAUUCUUUCCCUGGUGAUGGGCGCCUACGUACGCUUUACCUCCCGACGAAGAUUGACCGAAUUCGCAUCAACCCCUCUUCUUGUGUGAGCAUGGCUGGACCUGGCACACUUCUUCCCUUCUACGCAUCCGUUGCGGAUGCCCGGUUUGCAGAGCUUUCCGGUGAUGUUGACAUAUACUCUGCCGAUGGAAAGCACACCGUGGUUCAACUCCAGGGACUUCACACCACUCCUUUGUCACCACUCUCGUCUGCAACAGAUGUGCCAAUGUUCACAGAGAUGACUUGGCUUGCCGAGGAGCCAAGCGGGCGAGAAGGGGAUGUCAUUCGAAGUUGGUUGAUUGAAGAUUGUACUCAUUCAUUAGAUUUGGAACGCAUUGCCCACUUCUAUCUGAAGAAUCUUCAUAUGUCAAUCUCUGCCACCGAAAGGCCACAGGCCCAAUUGCACCAUUCUCAUCUCCUUGCAUAUGCUGGCCACUGUACUACCCUCGUCAAGUCUGGCGAUCACCCUUUUGCAAAGCAGGAAUGGGCAGAUGACACUAAUGGAAGCAUAUCAGAGAUACUGCAAAGAUUGCCCGACAGCAUUGACGCCGAGGUCAUGCGCUCUGUGGGAGAAAGCCUCCCGGCUAUUGUUUGUGGAGAGACCAACAUUCUUGACAUUCUAAUGCAGGACAAUAUGUUGAGUCGGUUCUAUAAUGGGACACUUGGAAUAAAGUCCUACUUGAACGAAAUGGGUCGCAUUGCUGGUCAAAUUGGCAACAGAUAUCCCCACGUCAAUGUUCUAGAAAUCGGCGCCGGUGCUGGCGAGGCAACCGAACCUAUUCUCCGCGAACUGGACACAGCCUUUUCCUCUUAUACCUACACAGACUUCUUGGAAAAUUCGCUGGAGAGUGCCAAAGACAAAUUUCAGCCACACCAGGCUAAAAUGGCAUUCAGAGUCUUGGAUAUAGAAAAGGAUGUCGUUGAACAAGGAUACGGAGAGGGGUCGUAUGAUCUAGUCAUUGCGUCUCUUGCCUUAUACGCUACUGAGAACCUUCAACGCACCUUGUCCAACAUCCGCCGUCUCCUGAAGCCAGGUGGAUAUUUGCUCACACUUGAAAUCACCGAUCCAAAUGUGAUGCGUUUUGGAGUUGUCCUGGCGGGCCUCCCUGGGUGGUGGCUAGGUCAUAAGGAGGGAAGAACCUUGUCACCAUUUGUAUCUCAUCAAAAGUGGAACGAGAUGAUGAAAGAUGCCGGCUUCUCCGGUAUUGAUGCCUCAAUUCUCCAUGACACAGAGCAGUUGGUACCUUUCUCAGUGAUGUUGACAAAGGCAGUUGACCAUCGUGUCAAAUUCUUGCGAGACCCUCUUGGGACGGGUCAUCAAAGGCUGGAUCUCCAAUCGUUGACAGUCAUUGGCGGUAAGACUUCUCACACGUCUGCCAUGGUGGCGGAUAUCAAGAACGCGGUUGGUUGGCACUUUGACAAGAUUCGGAGUUAUCCUGAGCUUUCGGAUAUUGGCCCUGACGAACUUCCAUUCAUGGGUACGGUCCUCAACUUGGCAGAGCUUGAUUCACCCGCAUUGUUUAACAUGAGCCCUGAAACUUUGAAGGGCUUUCAAGAACUUUUCAGACAGAGCAAGAAUGUUCUCUGGGUUGGACAUGGUGCCUUAGGCGAAAAUCCAGCGGGCAAUUUAUUCCGCGGCAUCCAACGGACUAUUGCCAUGGAAAUGCGUCAUUUGCGCAUGCAAUCACUCAAUUUCUCAUCAAUCGCUGACACUAAUCCUGGAUUGAUUGGAAAGAAGCUUCUCCAAUUCGUGGCUACUGACGUCUGGGACCAAAGCGACCAGCUAGGGGGGAUGCUUUGGUACACGGAACCUGAGUUGUCCUUCCAAGAUGGGAAGAUGCUCAUUCCCAGGCUUCGGUUGAGCUCUCAGCGAAAUGACAGAUACAAUUCGUCCAAGAGGCUUAUCGUUGAUGCCAUUGAUCGCGAUUCCUCUGCGGUUGCAAUUUCAAAGGCUGAGAAUUAUCACGUUCUGGAGACGAAGAUGUUGAACCCUCCACUGUUCGGUGACCGAAUCGAAGUGCAGGUAACGAGUUGCCUUCUGCGCUCUGUCUCGGUAUCUGAGACAGACUACAUGUUCCUAGUGACUGGCAAAGAACCUAAUGGCAAUGGGUAUCUGGUUAUGCUCGCUGAAAAUCUGGCCUCCCGGGUCUACGUGCCACCCUCAUGGAUCAUAACGCGUGGAGACUCAGAGGAUCAAGCCAUAAAGUCAUUACUCAGCCUUUAUGUUCAUGUUCUCGCACAGUCGAUGUUCAAAAAGAUGGCUCCAGGAACGGCGUUGGCUGUUUUGGAGCCAGAAUUUUCAUUCGCCGCAGCUCUGACGCAUCAUGCUCGCCAGGCAGGUGUGCAACUUGUCUUCUUCACGACAACGAGCAGUCCAUGUUCCUAUCCUUGGAUCCAUGUACAUCGCUACUCAACACGUCGAGAAUUAUCUAACAAGAUUCCUCGAAAUAUCACUCGACUUUUUAACGUCGGCGGCGGCGACGAGGUGGUGCUUUUAUUGAAGAGCAUAUUACCUGCGGAGUGCAAAUCUGAAAAUGAACAAAACAUGACACGAGACAUCUCAGAAGUAUCUUCGUCUGUCAAUGUGAAUCGAUUCGCUUCACAGAUGCAGAUGACUUGGACAAGGGAAGACCAGGACCACGUCCCUGUUAAUAUUAACAGGCUACCUCGGCUGAGUUUGCAGAACCUUAUUGAGACCCAGGGGAUUGUUCCCCAGUCUUUGAUUACCUUGGAUCACUCGAAGCUCCCAGCUCAAGUCAGACCCGCUACCAAAGUGGUCAAAUUCGCCAAGAAUAAAACGUACUGGUUGGUUGGGUUGACAGGUGGCCUAGGUCUCUCCCUGUGCCAAUGGAUGGCCAACCAGGGAGCGAAAUACAUUGCACUUUCUAGUCGGAACCCCAAAGUGGAUGAGACCUGGAUACUCCGAAUGGCCGCCAACGGCUGCACUGUCAGAGUCUUUGCGAAUGACAUCACAAAUCGUACUUCCGUUCAAAGCACUCACCGUCAAAUCGUUGAAUCAAUGCCUCCAAUCGGUGGAGUUGCGCAGGGGGCCAUGGUCCUACAAGACACAAUGUUCCUCGAUCUCGACCUUGCCCGUUUCAAUGCCGCGCUUCAGCCUAAGGUCCAGGGCAGUGUUAUGCUGGGCGAGCUGUUCUCGGAAGACUCCUUGGAUUUCAUGAUCUUUUUCUCGUCCAUGGCUGCUUUGACCGGAAACCCCGGUCAGGCAGCUUACAACGCGGCCAAUAUGUUCAUGGCCAGCCUGGCAGCUCAGCGUAAAAUACGUGGCUUAGCUGGCCAUGCCAUCAAUAUUGGGGCCAUUGUGGGCAACGGGUAUGUGACCAGAGAACUCAACAUGGGACAACAAUCAUAUCUCUACAAGGUCGGUCACAACUGGAUGUCUGAACAAGAUUUCCACGAGAUAUUUGCAGAGGGGGUUCUCUCAUGCAUGGAGCGGAAGGAGACGGCCGAUAUCUGCAGUGGUCUCCGCAUCGACGACGAUGAUUCCAAGGAAUGGGUAUCCAACCCCAUAUUCCAACACCUUGUGUUCAAAUCAAACACCCUGAUCGAGGAUGACAAGAAGGGCAAGACCAGCGUCAUGCUCAAGGCUCGGUUGUUAGAGGCAACGUCCAACAUUGAAGUGAUAGAGGCCUUGCAAGAUGCCUUUACCAUUAAACUUCAGUCAGCGCUUCAACUUGAUCCCGACAAGCCGAUCCUCGAUAUGAGUCCAGAUGAGCUUGGUGUUGAUUCGCUCAAUGCCGUUGACUUCCGCUCUUACUUCAUGAAGGAACUUGGUGUUGACGUAACUGUGUUGAAGAUUUUCAACGCUGGCUCGAUCCAAGAGUUGCUUGCUUUUGUUGCAAGCUGUCUCCCCUCACAUUUGGUACCAAAUGUGGCAGAGAGUGACAUGGGCAAGUCUCAAGAGUCGCAACCGCCCAGCCAAUCAACACCUUCCGAUCGUCCCUCAACUCUUCAAAGCCUUUUGAGUGACCCCGAGUCACAGGGGACUGAUGAGAUCAAGACGUUCCACUUGGAGUACAUUCCAUCUGUGAAUCGUGCAACCAGCACCUCAUCGGCAUCGAUUACUGCAGGAGACUCUAGUUCCGACCAGGACGAAGACACCUCUUCCCUGACCUCACUUGACAGUGAGUCUGACGCGCCCGAAAAGCAAAGAAUUGAGCGGACUGUCCCAAUGUCAUUUGGACAAUCGCGAUUCUGGUUCCUCCGGUCCCUCGUGCAAGAUCAGACCGCCUUCAAUGUCACUCCAACGUUUGAGCUGACGGGGAAGAUUAACGUCGACAGCUUGUCACAUGCGGUCGAACUUGUUGGCCAGCGCCAUGAAGCGCUUCGGACGUUCUUCUUCACUGAUGAAAAUAAGCGCCAUAUGCAAGGGAUUUGGGCGAAGGCAUCUCUGCACCUAGAGCACGUCUUUAUUACAGACGAGGCCGAGGUGAAUGUGGCCAAGCACAGAAUGAAAUCGCACAUUUUCAGUAUCGCCGAGGGCGAGGUUAUGCGCGUACAGCUGCUUACCUUGACACAGGGUCAUCAUUGGUUAUUAUUCGGCUUCCAUCAUAUCAACAUGGAUGGGUUCAGCUUUGAAAACCUGUGGUUGGAACUCAACGAGUCUUAUGAAGGCAUCGUCAAGUCGCCUCAUUCACUACAGUAUCCCGAUUUCACAACCAGACAACUACGCGAGUAUGAAGAAGGCAUCUGGAUGGAGGAUCUGGAAUAUUGGAGAAGCGAAUUUGCGGUUCUCCCAGAGCCAAUUCCAUUGCUGCCAUUCUCUCUUCAGCCAGCGCGGCCAACAAUCUCAAGCUAUGCUACUUAUCGUGCACAGAUCCGCCUAGGCGUAGAGCUUUCAAAUGAAGUUGAGAAGUGCUGUCGAAUGUUCAAAGUCACCCCGUUUCAUUUCCAUCUUGCCAUGUGGCAGAUUCUUCUCCAUCGUCACCUCAAUAUUCCAAGUCUUUGCAUCGGGCUUGCUGAUGGCAGUCGUGCUGAUGGCGAUAUCCUACAAAGCGUGGGAAUGUUCCUCAAUCUUCUUCCGAUGCGAUUCUCGCUGGACUCGUCUCAAUCCUUCGGAGAGGCCCUCAAAGAGGCGAAGCGGGUAUCACAAGAAGCCCUCGCCCAUUCUCGUGUUCCAUUCGAUGUUAUUCUGUCUGAGCUGAAUGUCCCCCGGUCUGCGUCACACAGCCCGCUGUUCCAGGCAUUUUACAAUUACCGUCCACGAACGGAGAUGUCCCGCCACUUCUGUGGCUGUCAAGCGGAAGGAACGCUUCUUACAACGGGAGAGACCUCUAAUGAUCUCCAUUUGGACGUGGUCAAUUUUUCAAACGGAGACACCCUUAUUAACCUUCUCGUUCAGCAAGAUCUCUAUAGUCUCGAACACGCUGAGAUUCUGCUUCGCAGCUAUGAAAAUCUUGUCCAGGCGUUCACCCGUAACCCUGCGACUAAAGUUUCAUGGCCGCCCUUGUUUUCGCAGACAGAUAUUGAAAAUGCGAUUGAAACAGGUAGAGAAGGACCGGAAGUCCAAACCCCAUGGUCAUCCACCUUGGUUCAUCGCAUAGAUGAUAUAAUGGAGCUCUACCCAACCCAUGUUGCCAUGAGAGAACCCAAUGGAAUGCAACUAACUUACUCACAACUGCAAGAACGGGUCGCCACAAUUUCCAACAAGCUGCUUGGCAGCGGUGUUGCCCCUGGGACCCGCGUUAGUGUCUUCCAAGCGCCUAGUAUCAACUGGAUUUGCUCGUUGCUCGCUAUCUGGCGUAUUGGCGCUGUAUAUCUUCCACUGGAUAAGAAAGUUGGGAUACAGCGAUUGUCCCUGAUGGUUGCUGAAUCACGGCCUGCUGUCAUUCUGACAGACUCAACAACCACCUCUGACUUUGUUCGGUUUCACAGCUCAGCUGAAGGGCAUAAUAUCGGCGAUCUGGCUACGUCAUCUGAGCCUCUUCCUCCAAACGUGGCGUCACCCAGCCAGACUGCAAUCAUCAUCUACACCAGUGGCUCAACUGGUGUCCCGAAAGGAAUUUCCCUGAGUCAUUCCUCGCACCUGCACCAGAUACAAGCAUCAAGUCAAACUUGGAGUUUUCCACUAGGCAUGGAAACUGUGCUUCACCAGUCUUCUUAUGCGUGGGACAUGUCUAUGUAUCAGAUUCUGUUAUCUCUAUGCAACGCUGCAACACUGAUAAUUGCUCCAAACUCGACACGUGGUGAUCCUGUCGCGAUAACGGAUCUCAUUGAGUCCGAAAAAGUGACGACGGUCCUUGCAACACCAACAGAAUACCUUGCCUGGCUACGAGACGGUCAAGCGUCAUUGCAACGAUCUUCACUCGCUCUCGCAAUAUCUGGGGGCGAGCCUUUAACGACUGGUCUUUUGAAGGGGUUCCAAUGUCUUGCCAAACCGGACCUAAGGCUUUUCAAUGUCUACGGUCCAGCUGAAGUAACGAUUGCUUGCAGUACGGAAGAAAUUCCGUAUACUAAACUGAACUCAGACUCCCUGGAUUCUUGCCUUGGUCUUUCCACUCUCCCAAAUUACUCUGUCUGCAUCGUUGAUGAAGACAUGCAGCCGCUUCCGAUUGGUAUACCAGGAGAAGUAGUCAUUGGAGGAGCCGGCAUCGCAGAAGGAUAUCUUGAUCCUAAACUGACAAAGGAUAGCUUUUUGCCUGAUCGAUACGCAAACCCUUACUUCAAGAGCCAGGGUUGGACCAAAGUUCAUCGAACGGGAGAUCGAGGACGGCUCACCCAAGAUGGCCGUCUAACACUACUAGGUCGCAUCAAGGGUGACAAUCAAAUUAAACUUGGUGGAAUUCGCAUCAACGUCGAAGAGAUAGAGGCAAGCAUUGUCCAGAGCUCUGGAGGUGCUAUCUCACAGGCCAUCGUUUCUCUUCGUUCAGGGUCUAAGAAUCACGACGGUGGAUCGUUCCUUGUUGCCUUUGUCAUUCUCGCCAAUACUGAGAACUCUGAAGCUGAAUCUCGACUAUUGAGAAAUUUACCAGCCAGCUUGCCCCUACCUCAGUAUAUGCGCCCUGCAAUGGUCGUUCCGCUUGCCGCUUUCCCACAAAAUACCUCUGGCAAAGUUGACAGGCUGGCUGUCAGCAAAAUUCCGAUCUCACAGCCCGUUCCCCAGGUUCUCACCAAUGGAGCUCUCACCCCUAUGGAGGAAUCUUUGCGUACUCUAUGGCAGGAAGUCAUCUCACAAGACAUAGUUGGCUUACACUCUCUCGACUCACAUGCCGACUUUUUCCAUGUUGGUGGCAGCUCGCUAUCUCUGGUCGACCUUCAAGCGCAUGUGAAAGAUCGAUUUGGUGUCUCUGUCCCCUUACAUCAGCUGUUUGAAGCAAGCACUUUACAAGGCAUGGCAUCCCGCAUUCAGAAAAUUUUUUCUGAGCAAUCCUCCUCGUCAGUGGACUGGGAGGAAGAGCUUGAGGCUCUUCUUGCUGAAGUUCCAAUCAUUCCAGAUGCCGAUGUGCCAGAUAGACCUUCCGGGACUGGUGUCGUGGUCCUGACAGGAGCAACCGGCUUCAUUGGCAAAGAAAUUCUCCGUCAGCUCGUGACCGAUGACCGAUUUCAUGUCAUCUACUGUCUGGCAGUUAGAAAACCAUUGACUCAACUCCCCGCCAUUUUCGCCAAUCGCAAAGUUCACGUUCAUCACGGUAACUUGGGCUCCCCUCGGCUGGGCUUAUCAGAUAAUGAUGCAUCCUCAAUCUUCCAAUCAGCAGACAUCGUGAUUCACAAUGGGGCUGAUGUCUCUUUCAUGAAGAGCUAUCAAUCACUAAAGCUGACGAAUGUCGCUUCAACAGCGGAACUGGUCAAACUUGCCUUGCCGCGGCGGAUUCCGUUCCACUUCAUCUCUACUGCGAGUGUGACUCGAUUCGCAGGCACUGAUUCCUUUGGAGAGGUUUCUGUGGCUUCUUUCCCACCUCCUGUUAUCCCACAAGAUGGUUAUGCGACGGGCAAAUGGGUGUGCGAGGUGUUCCUGGAGCGUGUCAGUCAAUCAUGGGGUCUGCCAGUGUGGAAUCAUCGUCCUUCGAGCGUGACAGGUUCUGAUGCCCCAGAGCUAGAUCUCAUGAGCAACGUUCUUCGGUAUUGUCAGACUACCAAGAAGAUCCCAGCUUCUGAAGCGUGGAGCGGUGUCUUUGAUUUUAUCUCAGUGGAGUCAGCGGCGGCGCAGAUUAUCGAUGGUGUCCGUCUCUCCGGUACUGCACCUUCCACAGAUGGGGGAGUGAGGUUUGUCUAUGAGUCUGGUGAGAUUCAAGUCGGGCAACACGAGGUACAAUCGAUGAUGGAAUCGGGUGCUGGGGAGCAAUUUGAAACGGUUUCUUUGAUGGAGUGGGUUGACGCUGCUGAGGCAGCAGGUAUGAAUGCCCUUCUAGGAGUGUAUUUGCGCCAAGCUGCGGAUGGCCAGAUUCUUCUUCCCAGGCUGGUCAAAGGUAGUGGAGAGCAUCUCUGGACUGGGGCUAGAUAA